AUGGUAGCUCACCGUCAGGCAGCAUUGGGUUAUCAGUCCAAGGUACCCUUCAAUCCUUCUGUUGAAUUUCUACCACUGCACCAAAAAAUUGUCCAGGUUGAUUAUGCCAAGCAGAGCAAGACAGUCAACACAGCUGUGAAAUCACUGGGAACUGUGUGGACUCAGAACAUUUUGAGCGUAAUAAUUCAUUAAGGCCACCAUAAUGGAACAGAAAAUGUGGAGACCAUGGACAGAAUCCCAUGGCUGGAAUACAAAAUAAAAAAUAAGGAUUAUGCAAAUCUUCCUUUGCCUCAUGUUUUUGCCACCCAUCUGCCUUACUAUUUAGUUCCAAGAGACCUGAGAAACAAAAGAGGAGGUAUUAUUUGUGUUACCAGGAACCCUAAGGAUGUUAUGGUUUCUUACUACCGCUUCUCCAAAUUCAUGUCCACACUAGAGGAAGUACCAGAUUUUAACCUUUUUAUGGACAGAUUUUUAGCUGGCAAAGUACUUCCCAGUUUGUGGCUGGAUCAUGUUGCAGGCUGGUACAAUCAAGCAGAGGAUUUCAAUGCACUCUUCUUUACCUACGAAGAAAUGAAAAAGGAUAUCAGAAGUGCUGUGCUGAAGAUCUGCAACUUCCUAGGCAAGAAGCUGAGCGAAGAGGAAGUGGACAGUGUUGUGAGGCAUGCUACAUUUGAGAACGUGAGAAAAGAUCCCAGGGCGAACUAUAAGAACCUGCCAGAUGACAUUGUAGCGAAAGACAAGGGUAGUUUUUUAUGAAAAGGCACUGUUGGAGACUGGAAAAACAUCACGACAGUGGCACAGAGUGAAACGUUUGACAAAGUUCUUAAAGAGAAAAUGAAGACUCUGCCCAUCAAAUUCAUCUGGGAUAUUAACGAUGAAAUGUAG